GAGAGCAUGUAAUAUCAAAUCAUCAAAUCUUGUUAGCAAAGCUUAAACCGUUGAGCAGUCAAAUAUAUAAACAAGAAACUUUGUCUUCCAAAUUUUUCUAAUGCUAUGCCAUUAACCAUAUCAUUUCUCCUGAAAAAUUAAAAAUCAAUUACUAUUUGUUUUCUAGUUUUGUUUGUUUUGGUGUUCUUGUAUAGUACGUCCGUAGUAAGGAUGAGAAGUCGCAUCGAAAGACUAGUGAUCCUUCCUUUCUCCAUCGGUUGUGUUUCUCAGUCUAGUGUAGCUGUGGUGGAUGAUCCUAAGAAAUCAAAACUUGAACGUGAACAAUCAGAAAAAGAAGAUGAGAGUAGCACAGAUGGAGAAGAAGUAAAUACAAAGAACUCAACUCUUGCUAAACCAAAUAUCUCCUUGAGCUUCUACAAAUUGAUAAAGAACUUCAAGAACUUGUCUCAGUUGUUUGCGUACAAAGAAGAUGAUGACAUAAAGAUGGAUAUGGAAAUAGGAUUUCCAACAGAUGUUAAGCAUGUAACACAAAUCGGUUGGGAUGGAAAUAAUAGUAAAGCUACAACCAUUAUCAAGGGAUGCAGUUGGGACAAUAACGAGAACAACCUAAAUCCUCUUGAGCUCUUCUCAUCUAUUCCUUGCAUGGAUUCUCUAAUGUAGUCUUUAGCUGAUAAUUAUUAACCUUGUUCAUGCAUGGGUUUUUGUAUUUGUUUCAUGAUGUUUAUGAUAAAUGAUGGUGAUUAACUUGUUGAUAAUCACAAUGAAUCCACACAAAUCUGAGUUAGUAGUAAUUCUACACAACUAUGAACUGUAUCUAUGUUACUUUUAAAAUGACUGUAUUUCUUAAUUUCGAUAUUUUAACCAUAUAUAUAUGUAUGUAUUUUGACAA